AGGGGAGUGGGUAAUAAAGGUAGACUGUUAGACAGUUAGACUCUGGACUGGGAGAAGCUGAGAUACUGGUAUCUCGUUACUUGGGAGUUCUCUGUACACUUUCCACCAUUAAUGAAAGCUUCAGUUGUUUCUUGAAUACUAUUUUCUUACUUGAUUUCAAUACAAACCUGGGAGAGUUCUUACAAACGAUGAAAGGACACAUGAUUAGGAAAAGAUGGAUGAAUAAGAGCUGCAAAAGUUGAGAGCUUCUCUCUCCUGGGAUUUCGGCCCCAGUUUCUUUUGCGACCAUGGAUUUUCCGUUUUUGCUGGAUUCGUGAGUUACAAUCGUUUGGUUGGAUGUUCUUGGUCGGAAUUCUGGCUUAAUACUAGUUCGUAGUUUUGAUUGGGAUUUUGUAUGAUGAAAGAUGGUCAUAAAACUCAAAAACGAUGCGAUGAACUUUACUGUUCACGCUUUAGUUUCUGAGCUGGUGCGGCCUUCUUUUAGCGAUUGAUUCUGGCUGGAGCUGUUCUUGGUCGAAACUCACGCUCCAAGCUUACUGCUGCUUGGAAUUUUGAUUUGGCUAAGAAACUCAAACUAAUCUCAGUCGCGAAGUUUACUAUUCAUUUACGAAUUACUAUAAUAGUCUGGAUGGUGAGUUGAUUUCGUUCUGGUUUUCUGAGAUGUUGCGGUCUUCUUUUAGCGAUUGAUUCUGGCUGCAGCUAAUCUCAGUUGCGAAGUUUACUGUUUACGAAUUACUGUAAUUGUCUGGAUUGAGAGUUGAUUUCGUUCUGCUUUCUUCAUUGAGCCUGCCGUAUGGCAAAAAAGAAAGGGGGAAACGGAGUGGCCUCUUCGUCUAGAGUCACCAGAUCAGCCACUCGUUUUGACAUUCUGGAUGGUAUGGAGGAGGACUUCCCGGCUCUCACUGGGAAAAGGAAGGGAAACAUGCAUCCUGUGACACCGGGUGCUGGAGCUGUGGAACAGGUUGAUGCAGUCAACGCCCCAACUGGGGUUUCUUCUGAUGCAGAAUUACCCGCGGGCAUUGAUUUGCCAUCUCUUGAGGCUGUAACGGGGGCAUUGAUUUGCCAAACAUGUUUAAACCCCAAAGCAGCUAAGGAUGCAGGACCAAAACCUGCGACUGUGAAGCUAACUGGGAAUGCAAAUACCCCUGCACAGGAUGGGGGAGUUACUGCUGAGGCAGUAAAAUUGCAGCUUUCUGCGAAGGUGGGGGCUGGAGCUUCACAGAUACCUGGGCAGACCAUUAUGCAACAAAGUGUGCAGGGGAAGGGUCAACACACUGCCAUUGUCCAAAAGCCUUGGACUUCUCUCUUUAAGGAUAAUAGGGCUCCAUCAAAUGGCCUAAAAUUGAGGUAUGUUCCGUCGAAAGGCAAAUCCUUGGAUUUUUCGGAUAGGAUAUUGCCCACUAUGGUUGAAAUGUGGGGUUUUUGCCUUGUUGGAUUCAUUACCGGAAAAUUCCCAGGCCUUAAGGCAAUUUAUGACUUGAAAAAUGCUUGGGGUGUGAGUUGUCUUGUUAAAUCCCAUGCUAAGAGGUGGAUCAUUUUUAAAUUCCAAAAUGAUGAAGAUAGAACUAAAGUGUUAAAUGGGGGUCCCUAUACCAUUUUUGGAAUGCAACUCAUGCUAAAAUCGCUCUCGGAAGACUUCUCUUUUGAUGAUGAUGAAUUUCUUAAAGUCCCCAUUUGGGUCAAAUUUCCCAAUUUACACAUGAAAUUAUGGAAUGAGGAGGCUAUGAGUGAAGUUGCCUCUAUGGUAGGGGUCCCGUUAGCUACGGAUAAAGUCACUCAAGAUAGAAGCAACCAUCUUUUUGCUAGAGUUUUGAUUGAAGUUGAUGUCUCCCAACCACCGCCGCUUUCAUUUCCUAUACGACUUCCUUCCCGCAAAGUAGUCAUACAAUCGGUGGUCUAUGAAACUUUUCCCAAUUUUUGCAUCCAUUGCAAAGUAUAUGGGCAUCACCCAUUUAUUUGCAAAAAAUUAGCAACAAAAGAACGGGAUAUGAUUGAAGCUGAAAAAGGGGAAAUAAUUGGCAUUGAGGGAAUUGAGAGGGUUCCAAAGGACAAAGUAAAAGAAAAUGCUAAAGUGGGGAUCAUUGAGGAAGAGGAAGGAGUUGAGGAGAGUGCACCACCGGGGGCUGAUGUAGCGGCUGACAUGACAGCCACACCGGUAACCUCACCGGAAAUGGAGGUCGUGGAGGCCGUUCCUAAGACUACACCAGUUGACACCGAAGAUGAAGAAUCUGACACGGAUGGCCCAUUAAUGAGUGAUGAUGAAGAGCUACUCCUGGAAGAGUAUUGGGCAAAAAUCAAAGAACUAAGGAGGUUGAAAAAAGAGAAAAAAGAAAAAAUAACUGCAGAUGAUCCUACGUGUCUUGGCUAAAUUUUGUUGUGUUACGCUAUAACGUUUUAUUACUGUGUACUUGAUAUAGGGAUGAAGUUGAUUCACGUGUUUGGGUGAUUAUGGGUUAUAACCCAUUCGGUUUGUGAAUCUUUUUAUUUAGGUUAGAUUAGUCUAACUUAGAUAGUCGUUCUUCUGAUUUGGUUUGAUACAUUGUAUUAUGUUAUUUUUGGGUGGUCUAAUAUAUUUACAUUUCAUCCAAAAAAGGGAAAAGAUGGAUGAAUAAAACCUUGUGGUUGACGCA